UGUGAAGAGAUUCCGCAUUACGUCAUACCGGAGGCUGCCUUGUUCUGCUCAGCUCAGCCAGAGCGCUGCUGCACGAAAAUUUCCACAACACAAGCUUUGCUGGAGAGCGGCGCGAUAACAACGGCCACUUCGCGCCGUGAUGCAGCACCCCACGCCAAAGAAGUCGUGAUCACACCGCAGGGCGCGACGGAUUCCCCGGGUGGACGGCAUUCACGGUGCAGGGCAUGCCUCGAAAUAAAUUCUGAAUGAUUGAAGAUUGCGGGCGGAGGGGUGACAACAUGGCAGACAGAAGGCAGCUUUAUGUCGAGAUGAGGGCACAGGAUUUGGAUUCAAUACGAUUAUCAACGUACAGAACAGCCUGCAAACUCCGAUUUGUGCAGAAGAAAUGCAACUUGCAUUUGGUUGAUAUUUGGAACAUCAUUGAGGCUUUCCGAGAAAAUGGUCUGAACACCAUGGAUCUCAAUUCUGAGCUGGCUGUGGCUCGUCUGGAAGUGGUACUUUCCACCUUGUUCUUCCAACUUAACAAGCGAAUGCCAACCACUCACCAAAUCAAUGUAGAGCAGUCCGUUGGGCUGCUACUCAACUUCCUGCUGGCAGCCUACGACCCGGAAGGCCAUGGCAAGAUAUCUGUUUUUGUUGUGAAGAUGGCGCUUGCCUCGAUCUGUGGAGGGAAAAUUCUGGAUAAAUUAAGAUAUAUAUUUUCGCAGAUAUCGGAUUCUGCUGGAAUAAUGGUGCCCUCGCAGUUUGACCAAUUUCUGCGAGAGGUUCUCAAAUUGCCCAUGGCAGUGUUUGAGGGACCUUCUUUUGGGUACACUGAGCAAGCUGCACGAGCAUGUUUCACUCAGCAGAAAAAGGUCUCCCUCAACACAUUCCUUGAUACGCUGAUGUCAGACCCGCCCCCUCAGUGUUUGGUGUGGCUACCUCUCAUGCAUCGGCUUGCCAACGUUGAGAACGUGUUUCACCCGGUCGAGUGCUCCUACUGCCAUACUGAGAGUAUGAUGGGCUUCCGCUACCGCUGCCAGCAAUGUCAUAAUUACCAGCUCUGUCAGGACUGCUUCUGGAGGGGGCAUGCCAGCGGUUCCCAUAGCAACCAGCACCAAAUGAAGGAGUAUACGUCAUGGAAAUCCCCAGCUAAGAAGUUAACCCAUGUCCUCAGUAAGUCACUGAGCUGUGCCUCCAGCAGAGAGCCCCUGCACCCCAUGUUCCCUGAUAUGCCAGAGAAACCUCUCAACCUAGCUCAUGUUGUAGACACAUGGCCACCAAGACCAGUAAAUAUAACCAACGACUACUCACUGUCCCACUCCAUGCCUAUAUCAGGGAACCCUUACUCCACCAAAAACCAGAAUAAUGAUGCUGGCCAAAAAAAGUCUCGGUUUGGGGUUGCUCCACAGCUGUUAAAAGGGAAAGGGUUAAAGUACAACCUCGACGUUGCUGAUAGACUUGCUGACGAGCAUGUUCUCAUUGGCCUCUAUGUGAAUCUGCUCCAAAACAGCCCCAAAUUAUGUUUGCUGGAAAGCAGUAACCAUCAAGAUGAGGAGCACAGUCUCAUUGCUCGCUACGCUGCUAGACUGGCUGCUGAUGCUGCGGUUCAACAGCAGAGGGUCCCCAUAGACCUCCCUUACUCUCUGGAUGCCAACAAACAACAGAGGCAGCUCAUUGCAGAGUUGGAGAGCAAAAACAGAGAAAUCCUGCAGGAAAUCCAGAGGCUGCGUCUUCAGCAUGAGGAAGCUUCCCAGCCGCCACCAGACAGGGGCCAACAAAACCCCACCCUGCUCGCUGAGCUGCGACUUCUCAGGCAACGCAAAGAUGAGCUCGAACAAAGAAUGUCUACUCUGCAGGAGAGUCGCAGGGAGCUCAUGGUGCAGCUGGAGCAGCUAAUGAUGCUUCUCAAGCUAGAAGAAGAACGAAAACAAGCAAGUACUCAGGGUCCUGGCUCUCCACGCUCUUCUCCCAGUCACACCAUCAGCCGGCCGAUCCCCACGCCAAUCCACUCGGACUCUGCUGGCACCACUCCGACUCACACACCUCAGGACUCACUCAUGGGCGUGGGAGGGGAUGUUCAAGAGGCCUUCGCUCAGGGUCCAAGGAGAAAUUUGAGGAACGACCUUCUCAUUGCUGCUGACUCCAUAACCAAUACCAUGUCAUCACUUGUGAAGGAGCUCAAUUCAGAAGGUGGUAGUGAGACAGAGAGCCUCUUGGAUUCAGACUUUGGACAGUGUGACCUAAUGGCUACAACUUCCUCAGACUUUUACUUCACUUAUAAACCAAGACUUGCUAGAGCCGCAGAAGAAGAGACUUUUGAAAACAAUCUGGACCAGCAGCUGGAGGAGGAGCUCAAGUUGGAGGAGCUGGUAAAGCACAGACAAGAGACGGACAAAACAUGCUUGGUGACAAUGGAGCAGUGAUUGUGGAAGUCCAGAUGGCUGGUAAGCAACAAUAGUAGAAGACACUGAAAGAAGCAACACUGGGCUGAAGACAUGCAGCAUUGAAGACAUGAAGAAUUAAACCUGCGCUAAAUCCAACCAUAAAAAUACUACAUUUCUGUAAAGAUAUAUUUUUUAUCCAAACACAUAUUUAAGGUAAUACUGUGAGCUGGUGUGAAGAGAUUAAAUACUGAGCUUUCUAUUACACCACAGGUGCCAUAAAAACACAGUUAUUUCCAAACUUUUGUUUAGUUUUCUUCUUUAGUUGUUUAGAAACCGUACACUGUAAGUACAAGGUGGUGAACCACUUUCUUUCAAAGUCUCAUGUUUUUGGACACAAAGAACCAAGCCUACAUGUAAAUUUCUCACCUGAUUUUUAAGUCAUAACAUGAGAGUGUAUAAUGGUAUAAACUGCUAACAUCUGAAAUAUUUUUUAUCUAUUAUUCUGGUCGAGAUAUGUGAACAAAUUUAGCACAAUUUCAUACAUUUCUUACUGUUGCUACUUGUAAAUGUAUUUCUGUUCUUUUUUGUGUUCAGUUUUUUUUUUUUUAACAGGUGGAUUAUGUAAAUGUUUUAGUUGGUGAAUCAGUAACAAUGAUGCACACUGCCUUAGCUGUCUGCUUGACCUCCCAUUGCAGUUCUUCUACAGUACUUGACAAUACAGCAUCUAGCCUAUAUGUCAAAACACAACUACAUUGAUGCUGGUUGAGCUUAACCUCAUUGAAACCCUGGUGUGGUUCUGCAAAUAUAGUCCCCUUUACCUUUAAUCCUUGGUGAAGAUGUUAACAAGUAUUUUAAUAAAUCCGGAUUUUAUUUUAAAAAUAUAUUCUCACAUUAAACAAUAAAAAAAACCCAGAUUGUUAAUUUGGAAAUAUUUAUAGUAUGGAAAAGAAAUUCUAAGUUAAGAAGUAAUCGUUUUGAACAAAAUCUGUGGCCUUAUCUUUCCCUCCUCUGUUUUUCUUACCAACUGUUUCUCUGAAAGAAGUAGGUACCACGUAUUCAUUAUCUGUGUCAAUCCAGGCCCAGAUUAAGCAGUGCGAAAUCACCCGAGCACAAGGUCACGUCAAGUUUUUAGCGAAUGGCACACACUUGUUUAAAUGGUAGAAAUGGAAAUUACAAGAGAAUUCUUUGGGUGCCAUUAAGUAUCUUCAAAUUGGUUAGAAUCAAAUAUUUAUGUAAAGUUUUCUUUUGCAGCCAAGUAAUUAUUUGCAUAAAAAUUUAAUUGUACUUUAUUGACUAUAAACUGAAAUUAUUUUUAGUUAUGUACAAAUCAUAAUUUAAAUGAGUGAAAGCUUAAAAACCAGCUACUGUUGCAAGGUUGAACAAAAUUCAGAUGUGGUUGAAAUUUGAUCGUGUUUGCAGUUUGGUAAUGAGCAUAGAUGAUUAUCUCACAUGAAGCUUCCAAAAUAACACAAAUUAACUUUGUGUAUUUGGUCAAGACAGAAAACUAUCUAAUAACGCAAGAUAUGUGUCCAGGACUGCACAUUCCUUUUAGUAGUGUAGUCAUUUUUGCUUUACGGCUGCCGCUCUAUAGAGUCUUUAUUUUACUAUACUGUCUGAAAGAUAGCUAGAAACAAUUUGAACUGUGUAAAAAUGGAAUCUAUUUUCAGCCAGGUUAGAGUCCUGAAGACCUAAUAUUUUUACAUUGUUCAUGUGUUGAUUGAUUUUCAGGUUAAUUUCAAAGGGAUUACAGUUCCCUGCAUGGGAUCUGAAAAAUCCCAAGCCAUUUGUUUACCAAAUCGUCUGCUGUCCUUCAUCCACAUUUUCUCCCCAUCAACUUGCUAGAGACUUAAGGUCUUAUGGUUGGUAUUAGAUGGGUUUUGGAAGCUUUAGAAAACUCAGUCAGCUGACUCCUGCACAUGCACAGCUCUCACGCUGACAUAGUACCUUGUCAAAACAAACACAUAAAGGUGUCAGUUGUACCAGCACAAAUCAAUGAAGCAAUCCAAACCAGUUUGUAGAAAAAUCUUAUAAAAGGUUAGUGUUUUCACAGAGAAUUGCCCUGUAGAUGGAGAUACUACAAGAGGGAGCCAAAUUAUUGCAGCACUAUUAGGUAAACAAAUUUAGCCAAGUAUUAAUCAUAGAUUACUCCCUUUCUCUGAGUCAAUGUCAUUACUCCCACAAACCUCCAUGUGGCUUGCACACCAACACAGUCUUUGUGAGUGUGCAUGUAAAAAACUUUGCCCUGCCACUUUAGGAAAAAUGGCAAGCCCAUUUAAAACCAUAAAUGUGUGAAAUGUAUCUAGCUUGAUUUUUUUUUUCACUUUCAAGCAAGUUCAUAGCAGUGAUUUUUGCAUGGUGGUGAUGCAUAAUAAAGUGUUCACACAAUAUCAAAA